AUCAAAACAAAAACACUUUGAUAAGACUGCAUGGGCAUUGAUGAUUUUUAAACUACGUAUGUCAAAUAUAAAGCUUUUUCUCUAUGCUUUCUCACACUGGAGUGUUCAGCAGCUCUGCUCAUGCGCUACUGAAGAGAUGCUGCUGAUCUGAGGCGUGCGCGUUGCGGCUGCUUUAUUUACACCCAUUCAACUCAUGCACCGCAUCAUAGAAAAAGCCCUGUCACGAGAUAUGGACUUUCUUAAGGGAUUAAUAUUGCUCUGCUGUGAUACAUCUCAAGCUUUGAAUUUGCACCGACAAGACGUUCUUCUGGACACUGUGAUAAGGAUUUAAACAGAAAAAGAUUUUUGUGACUUAUAAUCACAUUUUACUUGUGUGUCAGAAAUGCCCCCUUCUAUCAAUUGGUGCAUUAGGUGGGCUAUUUGCUUGUCCUUUGUUCUCGCACUGACCCCCAGGACAAGAACAUCGGCGCUGAAUUGUUGCAAAACGUGUAUAUGCGCCAGUAACUUUGUAAGUUGCUCCAAGGUGAACCUGACCACAGUGCCGUCUGACCUGCCCAACUAUACGUCCGUGCUCGAUCUCAGCUUUAAUGAGAUAAAAGGACUGCGAGAGAAAUGGACCAAGGAGAAACUCCCUAAGCUCCACAAUCUUUUGCUUAGCCACAACGGUUUGGAUUUUCUUUCCACCGAGGCUUUCGUCCACGUAAGACAACUGCGCUACCUGGAUCUGUCGUCCAACAAACUACGGCAGCUGGACGAGAACAUCUUUGAGCCCCUGGGACAUUUGGAGGUCUUGCUGCUCUACAAUAACCACAUCUCCCAGAUCGACCGCACUGCCUUUACUGGUCUCGUCAACCUACAGAAGCUCUACUUGAGUCAGAACCUGGUGUCCCGCUUUCCUCUGGAACUGAUCAAAGACAAGAACCGACUGGAGAAGCUGAGUCUGUUGGACUUGUCUUCCAAUCGGAUCAAAGUUCUCCCCAUUCACGAUCUGCAGGCCUUGCCAGCCUGGAUCAAAAAUGGGAUGUACUUUCAUAACAACAGUCUCAUUUGUGACUGUGAGCUGUACAGUUUAAUGGCUCACUGGUACAUCCGACGGCUCAAUUCGGCACUGGACUUUAAGGACGAUCACACCUGCGUGCAUCCUACCCCGGAAAAGCGAGUGCUCCGUGUGUACGAUCUAAACAUUCAUUUGAACUGCAGCACCUUUAAAGAAAAAGAAGAAGAGGCUUAUUUGGCGCAGUCAAUCAACCUCACCUGUGAUACUCGACAUCGAAACGUGUCUAAAACCUGGAUGCUACCUGGCAACGUAGUGAUCCACCCUGGCAAUAACCACAGUGCCACGGUUCACAAGGAUGGAAGCCUUGAGCUUACAUCUGUAAGACCUGAGGACUCAGGUGUGUACACGUGCUUUGCUGUGAGCGAAUACCUUAAUGAAACGCUCUAUGUGGUAGUGAAGGUCCACAACUUUACCCUCAGUGGCAACAAUGAGACCCUUAACACAGCGUACACAACUUUGGUUGGCUGCUUGGCUAGCGUGGUCCUGGUCCUUAUCUAUCUCUACCUGACACCCUGCCGCUGUUUUUGCUGCCCCGAUCAAGGCAAAUUGAAGAACGCUCAUGAAGACAGCAUCCAUUCCUCUAUGCUAAGUGUGACCCCGACACAUGAGGAUAUGGCAACCAAAGCAGAGCUCAACAGGCACGUGGCCUUCAUAGACCCCAAAGACCUGCAGGGACAGAAUGGAAAGGUGAAUCCAAACGGCGAGGAGGAAGUGGAUGAGGAAGCCGUGCAGGGAAAAGGCAAAAGAAAGAAGUCUGUGGCAGACUCGAUUAGUUCAGUCUUUUCCGAUACUCCCAUUGUAGUGUGAUGGAAGGCUGUUCGUGUCCACGUUAGACAUAGCCAACUGUGAUGGAUGGGUAUUUUGGAUUGAUUGCUGUGAUAAAAAGACAGAAGUACAAAGUUCUCGUGUUCGGCUGUAUCUGCAAAACCUUUCCAGCAUUUUAAUCUGUAGCACUUAAGUAUAUACUGUGAAAAGGUCCUGCCAUAUUUGUGGACUCUAAACUUGAAACGUUUAGAUGUUCCUGGGAGUUUGAGCCCAGUAGGUGUAACUAGAGGUAGUCUGAAAUAUAUACAAUGAAUGAUCAGAACUAGAAAGCUAGGUUUCUAACUGAGACAUCAAUACAUUCAGUAGGUAAUCAUUUCAAAUCUUAAGCAUGAGCUUUGCAGACUGCUAAUGUUAAGAGGAAUGUAAGUAGAAUGAAUUCCAUUGUAGCUAAAAGAUCACAUUUACCACAUCUAAUGCUAACUGACCAGCCUUAUCACUUUAUGUAAAGCCAUAUCCAGUUGGUCAUUACAGUGCGAGAGAAAUGCACUGCUGCAUUAUAGACUCGUAGGAUGUGGAGUCACAGGAAUUUGAUGGAAAAAAUGUCUACAAACAGUUUGUCUAUUACUGUGGAACGAUAACCAAGCUUUUGUGAACUUAUUCACUUUUUCAACCUUUCAAACUUGUAUUAAAUACUGUAAAUCCUUCAUUUAUAUAACAAACAACACACUUGCGCAUACAAUUAAUGGUACAUUUAAGAAUUUUAGAAAAAAAUAAUUAUUUACCUAAUUCUAGUACUAUUUUAGUCUAAAAACAGUAUUUGUCUCCUGAAAAUACUGGAUUGGCUCUUUGAAUUCAGUUUUGGUCCAUCCCAAUUCAAAUAUUUAAAUGGAUAGUUCACCCCAAAAUAAAAAUAAUUUUAUUAUUUAUUCACCCUCAAGUUGUUGCAGACCUGUAUAAAUGUAUUUGUUCUGUUACACACAAAAGAAUAUAUUUGAAGAGUUUCGUUGCAAAACGAGAUAACAGAAACAUUUUUGUCAAAACAUGUUUAUUAUUAUGUUAUCAUGUAAUUAUUUUGUUUUAUGGUGCUAUUUAGCUGUAACCAACUACAGUUGAAUUGAUAUUAAUUGGAAUGCACAAUCAAAAAACGAGAUUUCUGAAAAAUAAAAAAACGAAGUUAUCUCGUUUUGCAAUGAAACUCUUCAUUUGUAGUCAGUGGCGGCUCGUGAAUGCUCAUCCGAGGGGCGCUAAUUCAAAAUAAGUGUUCGUAGUGCCAUGUCUGUUGCUUGCGUUUUUCAAAAUAUGUGUUUGUUGCGUCAUGUAAACCAUGUGCAUCACGUGUUUUGUCAAAAUAAGUGCCUGAUAAAAGAGAUGCUCCUUAACAGUAAACUCAUGAGAUUAUGCGAGUAUCUGGCAAACGUGAGCGUCUCUUUUAUCAUAAACCCUUUAGACGUGUCUGCAGCAGGUACUUAUUUUGGCAAAACACGUGAUGCACAUAGGAUCACUCGAUGCGCAGAACACAUAUUUUGAAAAAAGGAACCACACACAUGACGGGCUACAUACAUGUUGUGACAUUUUUGUUAAAAAAAAAUACUAUGGAAGUCAAUGGUGCAUUGCUCAAAAUAUCUUCCUUUUUCUUCAGCAGAACAAAUGAAUUAGAUUGAGGGUGAAUAAAUGAUGACAGAAUUUUCAUUUUUUUGGGUGACCUCUUUAUUUAAAUGUUGUAUAUCAAUCAUAAUUUUAUAAGAACAUGCAUGGGCUUCAAUCUCCAGAAUUUUUAUUGUAUUGCAAAGGCCGCCCUUCGCAUGCAAAAAGUCAAUUUCAUCUGUCAUGACAACCAGCCAGUGACAUAUUACCAAAAUGCUAAUGAAAUCUUUUAAUAGAAUGAGGUGUCCAUCUGCCCGUGUUCUCUUCAUUAAAGCUGAGAUGAUUUCAGACUGGAUUUAAAAGCCAAAACAGUUUCAGACCUGAUUUCGGCUGCGUUCAUUUGCACUUGUUGUAAUCACUGCUGACUCAUCCAUUGUCAGAAUGGAUGUCAUUUUUUCUGGAAUCACUGGAGCGCCAAGAUGACAUGCCAAAGGCAGAGGGAAUUUAUUUAUUUAUUUAUUGAAAUAAGUUAUUUAAAUGCAUUUUCUGAAAGAAUAAAAAACCAAGGUGUCAAAAAUGGGUCUACCACACAUGCUAUUUCAGCAAAUGUGGUGCUCGGUUGACUCCCUAAUUUUCUCACUUUCUAAAUUAUGUCACGCGUGUAGUGUUCUCACAAAGACCAAAGUUAUAUUUGCAUUAACAAUAGCAUAGGAAUCUAAACGAGAAUGUUAUGAAUCAUGAUUUAACAAUGCGUAAAGCUUGCUGGCUGUGUUCAGGGAAGGCGUGUCAGCUGCUAGAUCCAUCUUGGCAACGACAAUGAGAGAUAGUGUAACACUGUUUCCGGUGUUGUCAUAUUUUAAACGCACACAGGAUGGUUUACAUAUAACUCAAACAGAUCUUCUUGUCCCUAUGGAGCUCUCAGAUGAAAUCCAUGAAUGCGAUAUUAUACGCCGCAAGUAAACCAGGGUGUGGAUAAACAGUGAUGAACCAUAUGGAUUUAGAUACAUAUACACAUACAUUAUAUACAUUUGAUUUUUGUUAAAAUCAUGCAUUAACCAUAACCAACAGGCUUUGAUUUGGUUUGGCGAGAACAAUCUUUUCUUUUUCCCUAGUUAAUUACAUCCUGUUUUCCAAAGAGAAAGAGAGAGAGUGGGUGAAGCUAUUAAAUGAUAGGUGGAUGAACUCACAAACGGUAUUAACUCAGGGAGUGGGAAUGACAGAUAAUAACAGCUAUGGCAGACUGCAGUUAUGGGCAGUUACGAUCCCUUACAAGUCUCUCCAGCUGCGAUCCAAAAUUAGUGUGGAGGGGAGGGAAAGGCUUUCCCAUCACAAACCCUGUGGGAAGAGGGCCAAAGAUCUCGCAAAGAUCCUUCUGGCAAGAGACAGAACAGCCAGCAGCUUUCACCCCCAUCGCGUGUUCAUCGAAAAUGCGUGUUGUUGGCUAUUUUGCUAUGAACAGAAAUGUUGUGCAAGACCAACGCUCAUUACUCAGCAUUUGACAGUGCAUCUGUGCUUUUGUAUGUGGAAACCGUAUUUGUUUUUUUUUCAGUGUUUAUGAGAUCGUGUCAUUUUGAGUAGCUUGUUUCCUUCAGGGUCCAAAGAGGCUGAAUUCCUUGUUGUUCUGUGUAUUGUCGUUGUCUAGAUUCAAGUUGUGGCUAUGAGAUAUUGGUAAACAUAUUUUAAUGACACUGACUGUAAAGUCUUUUUCAUGAAGUUUUUUGAAAUCUGAUCACUAUUUGUCUAUUAUAUGUUGGUAUUUUAGACAUAUGUUGAGAAGUCUGUAGUUUAUAAAGCCAUUACAGUCUGUAUCUACUGAAGGUAUAUUGAUUAACACUGAUUAUAACCUUUCAAAAUGUUAUCAUUAGAGAUGCACGAUAUAAAAAAAUCCACCUAUACGAUUAUUCAGACUGAUAUUGUCCGAUACCGAUAGUUUGGUGGUUAACUUGCAUUAACAAUAACAUCUGAAGGUUAUUCAUUCAUAUAAUGACCAUUAAUUAGGGAUGCACCGAUAGGAUUUUUUUGGGCCGAUACCGAUUUAAACAGACAACUUCUGGCCGAUACCGAUAUUAAACACUUGUAUACAAUACUAUACAGUUGGUCUAUUAGCUAGUUUAUUUCUGCAUCAAAUUAUUUUUACUGAACAUGGAUUGGAUCUAAUUAACAUUCAACUGACCAACAUAAUAAGAGAGGCACAAAUUAAGCUAAAACAAAUAUAAUAAGACAGCAUGACAACCUUCAAAGUGAUUUUUGCUAUUCAGCAUUUAUUUUAUUAACAACAUUAACUCAUUUUUAACAUAUAAUGGAUUUCUUUAUGCAGUUAAUUACUAAACAAUCGGUAUCGGCCUUUCUCGUGCUAUUGCCGAUGGUUUCAAAUUCAUCAAAAAUCGGCCGAUACAUAUCGGUGGCCGAUACAUCGGUGCAUCACUACCAUUAAUAUUAAACAUUAUUUAAUUGAAUUCAUUGCAUUUUCCUGUUAUCUUUUGAUUGACUGGAUAUAUCGGCCACGACUAUUGGCUGUCAUUAAACUAUCGGCCGAUAGUGUGAAAAUGUGUUUUAUCGGCCGGUACCGAUUAUUUGCCGACUUAUUGGUGCAUCUCUAGUUAUCAUACUUGAUAAAUGUGGGGUAUAAUAGAAAUAGGUGUUCAUCAUGUUUAAAGGUGAUGUGUGUAAUUCGUUUGAUGUAACAUGUUCUCCUAACCAUUCGUAGGUUGAUUUCUCUAAAAGUGUAAACUGUAUUGCUCUGUUUUUUGAGCAUCUUGACCAGCCUGACAUAGCAACAUUGGCUCAACCAAUAGAAUGAAUGUGGGGCGGGACUAUCUGUUUCACUGACCAAUGGGAAAAUUACACAAUUCACCUCUAAAUUCACUUGGUUUAUAUGAACUUCAAGGACUCAAAAGCACUUGAUUCUUGAAUAGUUUUGCGACUGUGAUAUUUAAGAUUUGAGCAAGUAAAAUAUAUACAGAAUGAUUUUACAGAUGUUUCUAACACAGUAAUACAGACAUAUCUAGCAGUGUGUUGAUAUCACAUAAACUGUUUAAACCUUAAACAGUUUGAGCUUGAAAGCCUUAGACAUUUUGUGUCUCUGAACUUGUUCAGUUUGUCUAGUGUUAGAACGAGAACACUUGCUGUAAAAUCUUAUUUAGUCAAUAUCAAAAACAGGACUAAUGUGUUUUGGAUGGCACAUAUCCCUGGACCUAAAUGAAAGUCCAUUUCUCCUAAAUGGAAGGUUCUUGUAGAAAAGUAUUAUUUAUGAAUAAUAUGACAAUAUCAAUAAAAAGUGUAAUAUA